AUGGGAACUGACUGCAACAGCCGCUCGGCAUCAUGGGAACUGACCGUCAGUCUGCAACAACAGCCGCUCGGCAUCAUGGGAACUGACUGCAACAGCCGCUCGGCAUCAUGGGAACUGACCGUCAGUCUGCAACAACAGCCGCUCGGCAUCAUGGGAACUGACUGCAACAGCCGCUCGGCAUCAUGGGAACUGACCGUCAGUCUGCAACAACAGCCGCUCGGCAUCAUGGGAACUGACUGCAACAGCCGCUCGGCAUCAUGGGAACUGACUGCAACAGCCGCUCGGCAUCAUGGGAACUGA